UCAUUACAGAAGUCCAGAGGGGUCAGGACUGCACACGCCGUUGCUCUCAUCCAGUUUCCCCCCUCUUUGGAUCUAGGAUACAUGUUCUUGCCGUGAUGCUGGGAGCCAGGCUGUCCGUGCUUUCUCUCUGCUGCCUGCUUUGGGCUUGUGGACAAGGGCAGGAGACCCAGCAGGCUACACAGCUUUUCUGUGAUGAUAAAAGCGUAGAGGAAGCAGUGGAUUCAGCUCUGGUUAAACUUAAUGGGUUCCUGACUACGGGAAAUCAGUAUGCUCUUUAUCAAAUUCUUGAGGCCAAGAAGGUUGAGAAUAGCACAGAAUUGUCACUGCGCUUCACCAGCAGGCAGUCAGAUUGCCCAAUAGGGGGAGACAAAGCAUGGAGAGACUGUGAAUAUUUCCCAACUGGUCCUCAGGAUCCCAAAACUUGUGAAGCAAAUGUCUCUUUGGCAGAGGGAAGUCCAGAAGUCCAUUUUGUUAGCUGUGCUUCUGAGCCUUUAGUUACUCGUGAUCGAGUCCAUUGCCUGGGCUGUCCAGAAGAAUUGAAUCCAGAUAGUGAGGACUUGAAAGAGCCAUUGAGGUUCACGGUUGGACAAGCAAACAAUGCGCAUAAUGAGCCCUUUCUCUUUAUAUUGAAAAAUGUUGUCUCCGCUUCAAGACAGGUGGUAGCUGGAUUCAGGUACAAACUGAGAUAUAAUAUGCAAAGUAGCAAUUGCACUAAAGAGGACUAUAAGGAGGUGACAGAAGAAUGCCACCCACAUGAAAACCCGAUGUAUGUGAAAUGCAACUCUACUAUUGAUGUGGCCCCAUGGCGGCAUGAAGUACCAGAUGGCAGUGUCACCUGUGAGCCUGGUGAAUUUAUUACUAUUAAUACGAGGAGGAGACCUCCAGGGUGGACUCCACUGAGGACCCUUGUUGAACCUCCAACGGCUGCCAAGAAGGAGUCCUCAGAGGAGGAACAGGACAUCCCACUAGAAGCCUCCACAGUUGCAACAGAUCUGGAGAUGACUGUACCUCCCACCAUGGUGCCUCCUAUGCUUCUGCCCUUCGACACCCAGACCUUUCAACCUUUCAACUGUCCCUCAAAACCCUGGAAGCAGUUUACUCCACCGACUGCUCCUGCCCCACCAUCGACAAGUACCUCAAAUACAGAUGGGCUUUUCAACGAUUCAGAUUUGUUAGGAUGAAUAUAAUGUAGCCUUUCCACAUGUAUAAGAGGUGGUUUGUAAUAACAAGGAAAAAUGUCACUGUGCUCUUAUUUGAGAAAUGCUUAAUAAACUAUUGACUUAUUUCAGAAUGUAAGGAAACUCAAUAAAAUUUUAAAGUAA